AUGGAGUCAAGAUCAAGGGCCAUCACGGGGGCCCUCAUGUACGAGGUGCCGGGGGCAAGAAGCCAGGAGCUAGCCGAUAGUCUGGCAAGGAGACUAAAGGCAGCCCUGGCAGACAAGGAGGGAGUCAGGGUGCAACGCCCCACUACGUCAGCAGAGAUCCGAAUUAGAGGACUGGACGACUCGGUGACUCCCUCCGACGUGAGGAAUGCAGUCUCCAAUGAAGGAGGCUGCGAAGAGGAGGAAGUAAGUGUGGGAGAAAUGAAAAAGACCCCCAAUGGCAUGGGGAUAGUCUGGGUUCGUUGUCCAAUCUCAGCGGCUAAUGCCUUGGCCAAAAAAGGCCAGAUAAAAAUAGGCUGGGCACGAACCCGGGUAGAUUUGCUGGAGGCACGCCCCCUCCAAUGUUAUAAAUGCUUGGAGGGGGGCACGUAA